AUGCUGAAGGAUAUUUGAUACAAGUUUCUUAUCGCUAACUUGUUUAUUGUCGGCGUAUUAAUUUUGGUCGGUGGUAUUGUUAUCCCUGUAAUGCUCCAAAAACUGAUAGACGAUGGCCUUGACAGUUUAUGAUGUAAGCCCAGUACCCACAAAUCCUGGGACGCCACGCCAGGGAAGCAAGAUUUUAAAAUCGUUAGAAGCUUUAAAAUGUUCAAUAUCACUAACCCAGAUGAAAUAUUGCAAGGGGCAAAGUCUUGGCCUUAAACUUAAUUAAGAUUAUGAGAGAAGCUCCCUGCAUGCGAUAAGUGGGUCAUAUAGCCUCCCAUCGCUCCACUGCUUGCUAGUCCAAGAACGACCUCUCAUUGCAUUUCUACUCACAGACGAGAUCUUGCACUCGUUACCCGCGAGUCAGAGGCACAGAGUGACCAUAUUGUAGGUCGACAAUGCUUGGCUUCCAGAAAAAUUCGAACAGUAAACUUUCUGGAACCUGCCGGCCAAGAUGAAACUUUUAGCCAAAUGCAACGCCUGAUACGAACUGGGAAGCGUUUCCGAUUGGCCUGGAGUUGCCCCACUGACACUGCUGGGAGAUCCAUUUCCAAAUCCGAGUCCUAUCUUCCUCCGUGGUAAAUUUUUGAACUGAGAUCAGCCUAGUCCAACGUUACUCUCCACCAAACCAACUAAACCUGGCCGGAUGCACAUUACCGAACACCAUCCUCCCUUCCAAAGUUCCUGAAUUGCCCAGCUAGAGUGUUAGAGGGUAGAUUGGUUCGCCUCACCAUUUAAAUCUAUAUGCAAGGGGCAAAACCAAAACUUGUUGAGACUCCUGAAUUCAGAUUCCAAGAAUAUUCAAAGCUCAAUUACUGGGAAUACCUUGACGAGAACGAAACAUCUCUCGGCACCGAAACCUCAGGUCCCUAUAUAGCUUACAAUUAUCAGCUGAUUUUAAAAGAAAUUGAAAAUAAAGGAACUGUGAUGCCUCUUGACACUCCUAUCACAAGCCUUAAUAUAGCGCAAUAUUUCACCUUUUAUUCGAUGACUCAUCAAUCAUUUCCGUUCUAUUCUCUCCAUUCCCUUUAUGAUGUAGUCAUUGCUAUGCAAAAUGACUUAUAUGAUAUUAUCAUUGCAUACUCCCUAUAUGAAAAAUACUACAGCAGUGCAGCUUUGGUUGAAGACUACUUGGUAAAUGUGGCUGGAUUUAGUCAAGCAGAUGCAAAUACAAUUAUGACUGAUACUAAAUAUGGGUGGAGUGGCUAUAACCAAAUGAAAAUGUGGAUACAAGCUGCCUUUGAUUAUAACUCAACAAAGUCGCUUAGUGAUGGAGCUUUUGAAACUCUUGAUAAUUAUUUCCAAAUUGAAAAUCUAACUCCCCCCCUCUGUGAGCGAACGAUAAUUUUGUUUGUUCGCGAAGGGGAUUAAUUUUAAUUUUCAAAAAUUUACAAUUCUCAAAAUUUGGAAAGCAAAUAUUAAUUUAAUUUGUAAAAUUUAUAUUUUAAAAUGAAGUUGUUUAAAUUGAACAGAAUUAGCUAGAGAUUUCAUUAUAGUAAUUAUCGCUUAUAUCGAAGUAUUUUUUCAUAAAAAUUUUUAUAUUAAAAAAAUUUUUGUUGGCUCACGGAGGUGGGUUUAUCCUUUCCAAUGCACGAGGGGGGGCAAGUGAUUUGAUUGUCACUGAAGGAAUUCUUUGGCAAAAUAUUACUGCGGUUUUAGAAGACAUGGAAAAAAAUUAUGGUACAAGUAAUCGAGUUGCUGUAGGAAACUUCCAAUGGGCAACUGCUGAAGUCACAGUGAGCCCACCUUUAGGAGCUAAAGCCAUAGCUUCUUUUCUUAGUAUUAAUCAAACCUUUACUUUUCCUCCUGAAAUGCCUAAUUUUAUAGCUGCGGCUAAAUUGGAAAAAGCUGAUUAUUCUGAGAUUGCAAACACAUUGCUGGAGGUUAGCCAUUCAGUUCCUAAGACUAAUUAUAUGUCUCUGGUAAGUUUAAGCAAUUUGAUCACAUUUUUUACUGAUCUUGGGACUUCUAACUUGCAAGAUCUUAAAGACAGAUUCAACUUACUCCCCCUUCUGUGAGCUAACAAAAAAAAAUUCGUUCGCUCACUGUGAGGAUGAGAAAUUUUUACAGUAAAAUUUUUUUUCAAAAUUUAAAAAAUUCCAAUUCGUAAUAAUUGAGAAGUAAAAUUAAUUUAAUUUUAAAGCUUAUGUUUAAAAAUGCAAUUUGUUUAAUUAGCUAAAAAUUUCAUUAUAGUAAUAACCACUUAUAUAUCCCAUAAAAAAAUUAAAUCAAAAUACUGUUUUGUAGUGGAUUUUUUCAAAAUUUUUUUUUCGCUCACAGAGGUGGGAAGUUAACAACUUAUAGCCAGGGCUACAACUUAGCAGCCUACUUAAAAUAUAUUGCAACAUUAAAAAUAGCCUAUGAAGGAACUCAAACAGAUUUUGAUGGCUAUUCUUUAUGGAUUUCUCGAUUAGUAACCAAAGCGAUACAGACUGGCAUAAAUAACCUGAAAAAUGACGUAUAUUGGGCACUCCCAUCAAAGCUACUUUUUUGUAAGUAUAAAGAAUUUUCUACGAGCUGUCAAUCAGUUAUAGGAACAGGUCUAGGCACGCAAUAUGCAGCUCAGAUCACUGCCAUUUGUGCUGACCCAGAUAUUGGGUGGGAUAUAAACACUCCUACAAGCUGGGUAAAUUUAGAAAUCUGGGCCAAAGCAGCUAUGAAACAUAAGCCUUCCUAUGAUUACAACCUAAUUUUGAAUAAAAACAUCGUAAAUGCUGCAACACUAGACACGAUUCUUACAAAUAACUUUGAAGGCCCCAUCAAUACCUAUUUACAAAAUAUUUCCAAAAAAUACGGCUGCUCCAAAGCAAUUUGUACGUUUGAUGAGCUUUUAUAUAAGCAAUGGGGAAGUUCAGAGCUAACCAAUAAUUUGAUGGAAGAUUUGACUACGUGUGGGGUUUCAGCAUCAAUGACUUUCCAGAGCUGGCUUCCUUCUCGCUAUGCAACACCAAUUGAAUGGACUUAUUUCUCAGAAAAUUCUAUCCCAGCGGCCAUGGUCGGGAGUUUCCUCAACUACAAUGCAUUUUUAAAUCCAACUCCAAUAAAACUUUUCUUAAAUUAUUAUUUUCAAGGGAAUGCUGCUACAAUCACAAGCAAGCUCGGAGUUCCUACAAACCUCAUAGAUCCGAUGUACAACUACUUGUUGAAGCUCCUCCCUGGAUACGGGCUUUUUGCAACAAGAACUUAUAAAGAAUGGAUUUAUGGCGUGUCAGAUACCUUUUUAGCCUGGGUGAAAUCUAUAGACGUAUAUAAUGGAGGGUAUCCCUUAGUACCAGUUGUUUAUCCUCUAAAGUCUUUCUCAAAUGAAACCCAGUCGACGCCAAAGCAUGUAGUUAUGUCAGGAAAAUCAAGCACUAGCUCCCCUCUUAUGAGCGAAUAAAACCAUUAGAAAAAUCUCUUUUUUUUCCCAACCAAUCAAAAAAUUUUUAAUAUAUAAUCUAUGUAUGCACUUGCAUAGAUUUCUCUUUACUCCCCCCCCCCCCUCCGUGAGCGAACAAAAAAAUUUUGUUCACUCACGGAGGGGGGUUAAUUUGUUUUUUUAAAAAAAAUUUAUAUAUAAAUUUUAUAAAAAAUAUUUUUUUCGAAAUUUAAAAAAAUCCUAAUUUGCAAAAAUUGGGAAGCAAAUAUUAAUUUAAUUUGCAAAAUUUAUGUGUUUUAAAAACGCAAUUUGUUUAAAAUUAAACAGAAUUAGCUCUAGAUUUCAUUAUACUAAUUAUCACUUAUAUAUCAAAAUUUUUUUCCAUUAAAAUUUUUUCUAUUAAAAAAAAUUUUUGUUCGCUCACGGAGGGUGGGUUUUUUGGUCAAAAAAUGGCGAUUUUUCUAAUGGUUUUGUUCGCUCACGGAGGGGGGGGGGGAGUUAGGACUUUUACAAUGGACGUUUGAAGUGCUGGAAUAUUCAAUACCAGGGAAAUGGGCUCGAUAACAAUAUAUAAUAGUUAUUAGUAUAGGAUGAUAUAUAAGUAAUAAUUGUUUCUAGUCAAAAAGAAAGAUAUUUGUUUACGAAACAAGUUGAAUUCGGGACCUUAUCGGAAGAGUUUGGGUUGCUAUGUAAGCGGACACUAAAAAUGGAACUGGGCAAAGAGUGAUCUCAAGGAGAAAGUAGCCGAUAUGUGAAAGAAGUGUAUAAAGACAGCCUUUAUUGUGGUUCCCAGCAGCUUGGGACAGUGUAAUCUGAACUAAUCCUUGUUCCUGAGUCGCGCGGGAUUUUGUUAUGUUCGAUCCAUUUUUAUUGUAGACUUUGACAAGGCAAUGUAACUUGGCGAGCCUAAUUAUAAAUGAAAAUGGAAAUAACCAACGCUACAAUACACACACAAAAUAUAAUAGUGUGCACCAGACAAUAGACCUUGAAAUUUAAUAGUCAAGCAGCAAUGCUUUUAAUGAUACAAAACAAAAUGAAAAUAUCAACUUAUAUAGGCAUCUUUCAAUAAACAUUGUUUUUAAUUCACCCAUACACCUCAAUUUGCAUUUGCCGAAAGAGUUAUAGAGAUGAUAAAAAUAAGAAAAACAGAGUUGAAGGAAAUGAGAUCCUUAAAAAGUUAAAUAUGUGCGAGAGUUAGAAAUGCAAGUUUAAAUUAUUUUAGACAGGAUUUUUGAUUAUAAUACACAUAUAAGCUCCUCUUAGUGCGUUAUUUUUGCUGCCAAAUCCGCUCGAAUCUGCUUGAAUCCACUUCAAGUAAUAGCUGUUAGAUGUUGACGGCAAUAAAUAUCGCCCUUUACAUAUACCAGAAUUGAACAUGUAGAUUAAAACAUUUUUAUACAAGAUUUUCAACGAUAAUGCACGCAUAAGCUUUAUUCAAUAAUUACCUUUUGCUGCCUAAUCCGCUUGAAUCCGCUUGCAGUAAUAGCUGCUACAUGCUACCGGCAAUAUAUCACCCUUUGCAUAUACAAGAUUAAAAUGUAAAUUUGAAGUAUUUUGUACAGGAUUUCUAAUUAUAAUGCACGCUUAAGCUUCUCUUAGUGAGUACUUUUUGCAGCCUAAAUCGCACAAAUCCGCUUCAAGUAAUAUCUGUCAAACACUAACGGCAAUAAGUAUCACCCUUUACAUAUCCGUUUGCAUAUACUAGAUUAAAGUGUAAAUUUGAAAGUAUUUUGUACAAGAUGUUUAAUUAUAAUAUAUCUAUAAGCUUCUCUUAGUGAGUACUUUUUGCUUCCUAAUCCGCUCGAAUCCGCAUCAAGUAAUAUCUGUUAAACGUUAACGGCAAUAAGUAUCACCCCUUUACAUAUACCAGAAUUGAACAUGUAGAUUAAAAUAUUUUAUACAAGAUGUUCAACGAUAAUCAAAAAUCUUGUAUAAAAUAUUGUAGCGUUGGUUAUUUCCAUUUUCAUUUAUAAUUAGGCUCGCCAAGUUACCUUGGCUUGCCAAAGUCGGCAAUAAAAAUGGAUCGAACAUAACAAAAUCCCGCGACUCAGGAACAAGGAUUAGUUCAGAUUACACUGUCCCAAGCUGCUGGGAACCACAAUAAAGGCUGUCUUUAUACACUUCUUUCACAUAUCGGCUACUUUCUCCUUGAGAUCACUCUUUGUCAGUUCCAUUUUUAGUGUCCGCUUACAUAGCAACCCAAACUCUUCCGAUAAGGUCCCGAAUUCAACUUGUUUCGUAAAAAAAUAUCUUUCUUUUUGACUAGAAACAAUUAUUACUUAUAUAUCAUCCUAUACUAAUAACUAUUAUAAAAUGUUAUCGAGCCCAUUUCCCUGGUAUUGAAUAUUCCAGCACUUCAGCCGUCCAUUGUAAAGGUCCUAACUCCCCCCCCCCUCCGUGAGCGAACAAAACCAUUAGAAAAAUCGCCAUUUUUUGACCAAAAACCCACCCUCCGUGAGUGAACAAAAAUUUUUUUAAUAGAAAAAAUUUUAAUGGAAAAAAAUUUUGAUAUAUAAGUGAUAAUUAGUAUAAUGAAAUCUAGAGCUAAUUCUGUUUAAUUUUAAACAAAUUGCGUUUUAAAAACAUAAAUUUUGCAAAUUAAAUUAAUAUUUGCUUCCCAAUUUUUGCAAAUUAGGAUUUUUUUAAAUUUCGAAAAAAAUAUUUUUUAUAAAAUUUAUAUAUAAAUUUUUUUUAAAAAAAAAAAUUAACCCCCCUCCGUGAGCGAACAAAAUUUUUUUUGUUCGCUCACGGAGGGGGGGGGGGGAGUAAAGAGAAGUCUAUAGAGUGCAUGGAUUAUAAAAAUUUUAAGAAAAAUAAUUUUGAUAUGCAAGUUAAUUUUGAUAAAAUUGUAUUUCAAAGCAUAAAUUAAAUAAAUAUUUAGUUUCCAAUUUUUGCGAAUCAAGAUUUUUUAAAUACCGAAAGCAAUAAUUUAUAUAAAAAUUAUAUAUAAAUGAAAGAAAAUUGACCCCCUCUGUGAGCGAACAAAAUUUUUUUGUUCGCUUCACAGAGAGGGGGACUAAGCAUACAAAAGCUUACUAUAAGUACUUUGGACAUCGCACUAUGGACAUGUACUCAGCCAAAUAUAGCGAUUGGUCUCCUUAUCAAGCUGUGUAUGCAUAUAGUCAAGUAUGGGGAGAAGAAAUAGAAAUACAAGGCGGAGAUGGAGGGAACUAUGGGACGCAUGUCCAUAAAGAUGACAGAGUACCUGUAUUUAUUAGCUCAAUUCUCAGGUAUGGGAUUCUAACAUACAAAUUUUCUGACACUUAUAAUGGCUUAGAUGUGUACUUUUUCCAAGUGGACCCUGACGAAUUAAAAACAUCAGCUACAGUCCCCGCCAACGCUAACUCUCCCCGCCUCCGUGAGUGAACAAAAAAAUUUUGUUCACUCACGGAGAGGGGUUAAUUUUUUGUUUUAAAAAAAAUUUAUAUAUAAAAAUUUUAUAAAAAAAAUUUUUUUUUUUCGAAAUUUAAAAAAAACCUAAAUCGCAAAAAUUUGGAAAGCAAAUAUUGAUUUAAUUUAUAAAAUUUAUGUUUUAAAAGGAAUUCGUUUAAAAUUAAACAGAAUUAGCUCUAGAUUUCAUUAUACUAAUUAUCAUUUAUAUAUCAAAAUUUUUUUUCCAUAAAAAAUUUUUCUAUUAAAAAAAAAUUUUUGUUCACUCACGGAGGGUGGGUUUUUGGGCAAAAAAUAGCGAUUUUUCUAAUGGUUUUGCUCACUCACGGAGGGGGGGAGUAAGUAUUUUCAGCUUCCUAAUGGAUUUGAUGGCUUUUUCAAUAUUACUGCUCAAUCAGGGGCACCUUGUUUUGUAUCAUUCCCUCACUGUCUCUACUGUGAGCCAGAUGCCCAAAACAUGGUUGAAUAUUAUGAGUGGACUCCAGAAGCUCCUUUAUCAAAGCGAAUUUAUCCAUAUGAGACACAUGAUAUGCCGUGGGCAAAAAUAGAGCCAUAUACAGGUACUGGUGUAAGUGUAGUAUUGAAUUUCGAAAUCAGUGGCGGCAUAUAUAGAGACUAUUUCUAUAGAAAUCUUCAUGAGCCAGUUCCUGGGAAAGGACUUUAUUUUCCCUACUAUCAACUUUUACGUUCCUCUAACCUCACAGAUAGUCAAGUUGAUGAUCUAUUUGGGUCGUUCAUUUUGGCUCAGCAGAUGAAGAGUUUGAUGUUUUAUGUAGGCAUCACAUUGGGGGCAUGCAUGAUUCUAAUUUCUAUGUUCAAUUUCGCUUAUGUGUAUAGAAAGCAGAGAUUUGGAGGAUGGAAGUCUCCUUUGCACAGUGCAUCACCUCCAGGGUCGCCUAAAGCAACAGAUUAA